UUCUCAGUAUGGUGUGUGUUAAGACCACAGACCAGUGGGAAUUCACACCAGUGGAAAAUCACACCUGUAGCUUUGUGAAACCUUUAAACUGCUGCAUGAUGUUUAUUGAGGUUUGGAGGUGUGAAAUGAGCUGGUGAUAGAAGAAGAUAGAGCUUGAAGCUGCUUUAGUUGUAGAUAAGAGAAGCUUUGACACUCAGUGAAAAUUUAUUGUGUUAUUACAGGAAAAUAAUCCACAACAGGACGGUGUGUUGCGCGUGAAGUGAAGUGGAAUUAUUCUAACCACCAUGGAAGUGAUUAUUUCUCAUAACAGCACAUCCACAGGUGUUCUAUUACUCUUAUACCAGUAUGUUGUUUACAGUUUUUCACCAGUUACUGAAUGACCCAUUACAUGUCCAAUGGUGGUCCGAUGGUGGCAGGGACUCGCGCUCUAACCACUGUGACCUGGGUUCAAUUUCCAGGUAGAGAACUAACACAGUCACUGACCUGGAGAAAAUGGGAGGUUUCUGUCAUGAAGGGUGUUCUGUGUAAAACCUGUACAAAAGCAUAUCUGUUUAUGAGAUGAUCUGCAUUAGUGACCACAAAGAGUGAUCAGCUGAAGGGCAACGACAACUGAAUGUAGUUUCACAUCAUACACUUCAUUAGCUUAUAAUUAUAAUUAACCUUGUUGAAUGUCUGUGAAACCUUUCAGCAGCUCCAGCAUAACCAACUGUGUUGUGUAUGUUGGUGUCAGUACAGUCUCUGGAUACUGAGGCUGAUGGCAUGGGGAAGAAGCUGUUACUGUGAGGGUCUGAUGGUUUCAUGACCAAUUUUCCAGAGGGUGAAGAUUUUGCAUGAGGGUCGUCCACCAUCUGCUGCUGAUAUCUUUGCUGCUGUAUCAUGUGGUGUAAAAGCAUUCACCUUGCUCACUGAGAGACUGGGCAGUGCUGAUGUGUGUGUAAGGUGUUAGUUUCAUCAUCAACCCCUCUGUAACACGUGACCAGUGUACGUGACAGCAGUGUUACAAAAAGGUGAGUAUCUGGGACAGGAGAGCGAGAGGCCAGCCAGUUCUUCUACAGAUAAAGAUCUCUACAAAGAUCUCCUCCUGUAAUCAUCUCACAUCUUCUACCGAACUCCAACAUCAAGUUCCAGCAGCUUGUGAUUUCUGCUCUCCUUCUCUCACACUCACUCAUCAAACUCUUCCUCAUCACACACUUCACACAUACUCGUCACACUUCACACACUCCUCAUAACAUACUCCUGAUCACACACCCCUCACACUCUUCCUCAUCACACACUCACCCACUGUGUGUCAGGAUGAAGUUCCUCGCUCUGGUGCUCCUGCUCUCCUCUUUCUCCUCACUGACCCUGAUGGAGGUUGUUAAUUCUUUUAAUGAGUCAUGUAAUGACUUCUUCAUCCAGAAUGAAAAUGACAUCAUCAUCCCCACUAUUUUCCCUGGAUGUCAGUAUAAGAUGAUUUGUCAGCGCUGGGAAAACAAAUCCAUGUUUGCCACCGUGUACGACACUGUGAGGAGGAUCCCUGUUUACUCGGCUUACACAUUCUUACAGGCAGGAAGAACUAUCCGCAGAAAUAGGUGGAAAAUUGAACCACAGCUGGAAGAUAUUGAAGAAUAUAGAAACUUGACAGAGAUGAUUGUAUCCCCGAGAGAAGCAGGACAGAUAUUUAACCAGGCCGUGUACUCUGAUUAUACAGGUACAGGGUUUACUAGAGGUCACAUGUUUCCACAUAUGUUUGCUGCUGAUCAGGAUCAAGCAGAUUCCACCUUCACUUUAACUAACAUAGCUCCACAAACACAGGGCAGCAACGACAAAUGGGCUAAACAAGUGGAGGAACCGAUGCUUAAUGAAAUAAAACAAGACUGCAUACUCAACCAAAAUCACUCGGCGUACAUUGUGACUGGAGUCGUCCCAGGGAAGAAAUGGAUAUCCAUAACAAGAGACGGAGAAGAAUAUCAGGAAGGAAUUAACAUUCCCAGUCAUUUUUGGAGCGCUUACUGUUGCACGAAUAAAAAGGAUCCUAAUAAAUUCAUAGCGGGGGCCUACAUCACUAAGCAGGAGAGCUUUAAUCUCAGACGCCCCAAUAUUCACCACCUGAAUACUGAGCUCACUAAACUGUAUAAUAAGAAGAUACGUUUUAAUGUGUUUCCAGGAAUAGACUGUAAAAAACGUAAAAAAAUAAAGAUCUUUAAAAAAAGAUUAGAUCUUAUGCAGCAAAAAACAUUGAAUAUUCUCUAUUAUCAAAAAAAUUAUUAUUUUUAAAUGUAGUAAUUUGAGACCUUUAUUUACGUCUGCUUUCACACUCAGCCAGCGCACGUCACAGAGAACUGUACAGGAAGUCGACAUCUAGAUUACUGACAAUAACAUAUCAGUUCUAGUGAGGAAGCUAGGCUAGUGUGUUAUUAUGGUUAGUUAUGUGUUUGUGCGAGUGUGUGUGUGUGUGUGUGUGUGUGUGUGUGUGUGUGUGUGUGUGUGUGUGUGUGUGUGUGUGUGUCUGUCUGUCUGUCUCUUAGUAUCAGCAACUUUCCUGUUAGAAACGUGUCAAAGCAGCAUAAUAUAUCACUUUGUUGAGCCUCUUUUUCUCUUUUGUGCAAAAUAAUCUUAAAAAUGAUAAAACUGGUUAGUUUGAUUCUCUUGCAAUUAAAGCCUCUUAUAAAUUAUGUGCAAAUAUUAUGUUAAAAACCUGAAGUACAUUUAUCUCUGUUAAUUCUCCUGCAGAUCUUUAAUAAAACUUCACUAUUUGCUG